AUGGAUGCAUCACUCUGUAUCCAUUUGCAAAGCACGGUACUGCCAUUUUUUCUCAUCUCACAGCGUCAUUAUGCUGAUCUGUUUUUACUAGACGACCCGCUUGGCACAUUAGUAUCGCGAAGGCCAAUUUUGAGGGAUGUACAAAGCCCACGAGUUAUCAACGCAGCCAAGAAACGUCUGUACGAAUGCCGAAGUCUAGACAAACCCACUGAAGGACACGAAGAAUGCCGCUACUCAAGAGACACCGUCCUUCCAACUAGAGUCUUACAAGUCGGCGUCAACGAAGGCGUCGCUUGUCCCAUUCAACUUCAUAUCAAUGAUAGAGAUCGCUGCGGAUCAUAUUUAGCUCUGAGCUAUUGUUGGGGCGCCACGGAUCCCACAGCGAAGAAGAACCUUGUCCAGCUGGUGAAAGCAAACCAGAAGAAGCUCAAAGAGGAGAUUAGGAUGGAAGACUUGGAACAGACAAUACAGGACGCUGUGUACAUCACGAGACAACUUGGCUUCAAUUAUCUCUGGGUUGACAGGUUUUGCAUCUUGCAGGACGACGACGAGGACAAGAAGAGGGAAUUUUCAAGAAUGGCGAUAACGUAUAAGAAUGCUGUCGUUACGUUGGUAGCUGGCACUGCUAAAGCUGCAUCUGAAGGGUUCCUGAAUAUCGAUCCAUCGAGAACGAAACCGUUUCUACCAAGUCGGAAGUUCAGUAUCUCUACGGACGAUGGCGGAAAAGGCGUUGUCUACAUCCCAGAUAAGCCAUACCAACCUGUCCACCCAAUCGAUACAAGAGGUUGGACGCUACAAGAAUUCAUGCUAUCGUCAAGGAUGCUCAUAUUCUCAGAUCAUCAGCUCCUGUGGCAGUGCAAACAAACAGAUCUACAGAGCGUGACCGGUGACGACGAUGGUUUGGAGUACCAACAAGGCCUCGAGUCUCUACCCUGGGCAGCAUUUGAGGACACAGCCGGUCCAUCAUUUGGAGCACAUGACGCCGACAAGCUAUAUUUAUGGAAAACAAUUUUGAGACAAUACACAGAAAGAGAUUUGACAGAUUCUGGGGACCGACUCCCUGCCAUCACAGGUAUAAUAGCCGAGUUGCAAAAUGUUUGGAAAGAUACAGCUAUAUAUGGGCAUUGGGUAGAGUGGUUUGUUCAACUGUUGGCAUGGCAGAAGCCAGAAGACGACCGUACGAAGGAGCGCUAUCUGUCAAGGGCACCAAGCUGGUCCUGGGCCUCAAUCAACGGGAGAAUCCAUUAUGACGAAACAAUAGAAAAUGAAGAUGCCAAGAUGGAAAUAGUGACAGCGGCAAAGGCCACAAUGUCUUGUCGCAUCGUGUCGGGAGAUACCAUCGACAAACAUGUACGGAGGACAAUGGAUCAGUACAUUGAUCUCGAUGAUGCGGCACUCAAGUUGGAGACCAAGGGCAAAGUGGCUCAUUAUCUUCUUCUCGGAACGGCAAAAGAAUGCGACGGAUUCGAGAACGCGAUCGCGCUGAUCGCUAUAGAAACAAGACAUGGAGUAUAUCGACGGGUUGGGCUUGCGGUGGUCGCGGAUAUGUCUAUCUGGGAGGAUAUAAAGCAUCAGAGUAUCGAGUUAGAACCGAAACAAAAGUAG